AUGGUACACAUACGGAUUUGCGAUCAAGCGUUAGAAGCAAUGGCUGCAAUUCUUGAAUCGGAAUCAUUCUUUUCUCGAGUCAAGAGGUCAUAUAAAGGAAUACUUUCAGUCUUGUUUGUCAUUAUGGUCUCAUUAAUGGUUGCACAAUUCUGCAGUGACAAACAAAAACGAGUAAUAAUGGUCGAAAAAAUUUGUCCUAAAAAUGUUAACGAAUGUUUUCUAAUAAAAGAUGAAAGUCUUGGCACUGAAAAAAAUGAUGUACUCCGUAGUCUUGUACCAGAGAAAUAUCCCGAAUUUGCUUUAGCUCAGGUGCUUCUAGAAGGCAUUACAGGUUCUGCAUCUUCAAUCAAAGUCUAUAAAAAUUAUUUCGAAUUUUGCUAA